UCAGAAGGAGAGAGAGAGAGAGAGAGAGAGAGAGAGAGAGAGAGAUGGAGGAUGUUAUACCAGAAUCUGAAAGCUUGUUGCUUCCACUGAAUCUAAGCCCAAAAGGAGGUGGUGGAGCCAAAGCCGAAGAAGGCCAUCAGGAAGCUAAUGGAAGCGAAGGCAGGGAAACUGGAGGUGAAGACAGAGAAGUUGAAAAAGAGAAGGCAAGCAUGAACGGAGGAGAUGAAGGUAAAGAUGAAGAGAAAGGAGGUGGGCUUAUAACCCAUCUCAUGUCCAUAGUGUCACCAAAGAGCACUCCAAAAGCAGGGGAAGUGGCCAAAAGAAAAGUUGAGUUUGAGGUUGAAGAUGAUAUAGGAAAUGGGGGCUUUUCUGAUAAGUCAAAGCCAGAGCAAGAUGUGGCCUCUGGUAGUGAAAAUAAUGGUGGAGGGGUUAUCUCAAAUCUCAUCUCCAACUUUUUUAAUCAGGGUGAUGGUGGUGGAAGAGGAGAGAAUGAUGAGGUGGACAAAGCAGAGAAAGUGAUGAAGGAUGUUGGAAAUAAGAGAAUGAAAAUGGUAGAGGAGGAGAAAGGAGAGGUGGAGGGUGGUGGUGGAGGAGGAGGAGGCAUCAUUGACAACUUUGUCUCUCACUUGCCUACAUCUCUUCCAGAUGAUGCAGCUCCCUCGACUGACGAAGCCUCCAUUCUCAUUACCUCAAUAGUUCGAGACUAAGCAGAUGAUAUAAUGUGCCUGCCAACUCUGCAAGUGGCUGGCUUUUUUUUUGUUUUUUUUCCUUCUUCUUCCUUGUAUGUUUCCACGUAAAUUGUUGUUUUUAGUUUUCAGUUUGUAUCAAAAGCUCUAUUGGAACUUCUGUUAAAAUCUCUAUCGGUUUCUUCA